AUAUUUUCUGCAAAUUUCAUAUAGUUGAUAUACUAUAAAAUAAAUAUAUAGUUUUUAGAAAAUUUGUAAUAUGACGAAUUUAUUGUAACAGUUUACUAAUUGAUUGUAAAUAGACAUAAUGAAAUUCUCGCCUUAAAUUAAAUUGUAGUACAUUAAUAAUACUGUAAAUUAAUAUUUAUUAAUUAUAUAUUUUUAAGUAUGAAUUUAUAUAAUUGUAUUUUUUGAAAAUUUCAAUAUUUUGGGAAUUUAGAGAAAUGAAUUUUUAUUUUAUGUUACAACGUUUGGUCGCUGCAUGGCGCUUCCUUAUAUCAAAACCAGAGAAUGUUUUCUUUGUCAUUUUCGAGUGAAAGUUUGCUAACAGCAUGGCGUAUACAUUGAUAGUGGCUUCAGUCAUAAUCGUUGAAGUUUUGUCGCAAGAAGUGCCAAAAAUACAACCAUUUAAUUUUCCAAAACAAGUUGUGCUUGGCCAGAAAGUCAGUACAAUAUGCACAGCAAUUUCUGGAAAUCCUCCUCUAGAAUUUUCUUGGCUUAAAGAUGGUCGUGAAAUUAAUGAUAUUGAUAAAAUUAGUAUCCAAUCUUAUACUACUAGAGAUUCUUCGGUCUUACUCAUAGAAAAAGUAGAGACCGAUUCUGCAGGAAAUUAUACGUGUGUACUUACUACUUCGUCCGGAAUCGAUAGAUUUUCUGCAAGUUUAUUAGUAAGAGCGCCAACAAAAUGGGUUCAAGAACCUUCAGAUAAAGAUAUAGUUGUGGGAACUUCACUAGUGAUAGAAUGUGAAGCGACAGGGUUACCUCCUCCGAAUGUUUCUUGGAGGAAAUUGGACGGUGCAUUGUCUCUCGAGUCAGAAUCACAGAUAGGGAAGAAUUUAUUAAAUAUUGAGAAUAUUCGAGAUAUAGACGAAGGCCAAUAUAUCUGUGAGGCUAAAAAUGGAAUAGGAGAUCCACUAAAUAAAAUAAUAUCUAUUACGGUUCGUGGUAAGAUUAUUGUUUUUGUACUCUGUGUUGAAAAUUAUCAAAGUUUCUUUACAUGAAUUUGUAGUAUGUCAAUAAUAAAAUUAUUUUAAUAAUGUUUAAAGCAAUAGGUUCUUUAACUUUCAGUUCCAUUAAAAGCUAUAUAAAUUAGGCGGUAUAAUUUAUAUAGAUAUAAUUUAAAAAAACAUAAUUCGAGAAUAUAAUAAAUUAUUAUUACAUUAAUGUUAGAUUAUAUUCGUUAACUUUCGAUGAUCACACGAAUAGCGUUUUCCUUAUUAUAUAUCUGUGGAAAAUAUUGGUUCAGAACUGUUUUGAAAACCGGAGGGCGCUGGGAGCGAGUCUUUGUUUAGUUAUGGAUGCUAGCUUGGCUAGAAAUUUAUUUGUGCUGAUGCAAUCUUUAAGAUUAGUAUUUAAUGUUGAUCGAGUGUAUUAUUAGAAAUUAUUCCUUUCAUACAUGCUAUGCACUGUUUAAGAAGACAUUGUUCAACGAUAUAACUAUUCAAAAAAUGAUUUAUAAAGUCAUAGUGAAAGUAUUGGUGAUUACUUUCUCGUUAUCAGUUGGAACUGGUAAGUAAAUUUUAAAUAAAAUUAAUUUUGAACUUAAUGAGCUUGCUAUAAUAUUUUAAUAAAAUCGAUUUUUCAAAUAGGGCAAAAAAUAAGACCAUUUAACUUUCCUAAAACGGUGACUUUAGGAGAAAGAGUUACCACGACUUGUGCCACAAAUAGUGGCGAUGAUUUAGUGUAUAAAUGGUAUAAAGACGGUAAAGAAAUUGAUGCAAAUAAAAGAAUUCAAAUAUUAAAUUAUGCGGGAGCAUCUAUGCUGGUUAUCGAAACGGCUGAAAUAAACGAUAAUGGUAAUUAUACAUGCACUGUAAAUUUACCGUCAGCAUCCGAUAGUUACAGCGCUGUACUUAAAGUGUUAGGUAAGUCUGUAAUAAAAUCAAAUGAAAAUAAUUUUUAAAGGAAUUUAAAUUAUGAUAGUCUUUUAAGUCGUAAUUUUAUCGUAUAUUUAGUUCCAGCUCAAUGGAUUAAACAACCAUCUGACCAAGAUAUUGCUAGUGGAGACACAGUUUCAUUUUUAUGCCAAGCUUCGGGUGUACCGCCUCCGAAUAUCAUUUGGAAAAAAGUUUCCCGUAAGAAGAACAAUUAAUGGUCUGCAUGCCAUAUCAUAUACAUAAACAUCAAUCAUAUAUAUGGU